AUGCGUUCCUUGAUAGUCCUUUUCGCUGCCACCUCAGCAGUACUGGCUCACGGUCAAUUACAAAGCUCAGGCUAUGAAGACGCAGAAGUAAUUCAACUCUCACCUCCUCCAGUCAGCGCUAACGGUGGAGAUCAGCAGGCAUACAAUUCUGAUGGUGCGGUAUUAACUCCAGGUUCUCCUCCACCAACUCCUCCAUCUCCUCCUCCUCCAAAUGUUUACACUUCAUCAGAACCUCCAGCAUACAGUACUCCUGCGUCUGGUAAUUAUGCAACUUCUCCACCAACACUUUCAUAUUCCCUACCUGCACAAGGAAGUUACGGGACUUCCCCACUUCCAGCUGUGUACCCCUCUGUUUCCACCGGCACCUAUGACGGAAUAGCCAGUGAUGCUCCUGUAAUCGCCAACGAUAUCGGAUACAGACAUCGCCGUCUUUUACGUCAGCGCACUCAUGAAAUUCGCCUCUAG